GUUCCACCUGGCUCAUUACCAAAUAGUCUCACAACACUCACAUUCGGUAAAGAUUUUAACCAAGUAGUUCCACCCGGCUCAUUACCAAAUAGUCUUACAACACUCACAUUCGGUUAUUAUUUUAACCAAGUUGUUCUACCUGGCACAUUACCAAAUAAUCUCACAACACUCACAUUCGGUUAUGAUUUUAACCAAGUAGUUCCACCCGGCACAUUACCAAAUAGUCUCACAGCACUCACAUUCGGUCGUAGUUUUAACCAAGUAGUUCUACCCGGCUCAUUACCAAAUAGUCUCACAACACUCACACUCGGUGAUGCUUUUAACCAAGUAGUUCCACCCGGCAUAUUACCAAAUAGUCUCACAACACUCACAUUCGGUUUUUAUUUUAAUCAAGUAAUUCUACCCUACACAUUACCAAAUAGUCUCACAACACUCACAUUCGGUGGUUAUUUUAACCAAGAAGUUCUACCUGGCUCAUUACCAUAUAGUCUCACAACACUCACAUUCGGUGAUGAUUUUAACCAAGUAGUUCCACCUGGGACAUUACCAAAUAAUCUCACAACACUCACAUUCGGUUAUUAUUUUAACCAAAUAGUCCCACCCGGCUCAUUACCAAAUAAUCUCACAACACUCACAUUCAGUAAUUAUUUUAACCAAGUAUUUCUACCUGGCACAUUACCAAAUAGUCUUACAACACUCACAUUCGGUGAUGAUUUUAACCAAGUAGUUCCACCCGGCACAUUACCAAAUAGUCUUACAACACUCACAUUCGGUUAUGAUUUUAACCAAGUAAUUCUUCCCGGCUCAUUACCAAAUAGUCUCACAACACUCACAUUCGGUGAUCAUUUUAACCAAGUAAUUCUACCCGGCACAUUACCAAAUAGUCUCACAUCACUCACAUUCGGUAGUGAUUUUAACCAAAUUGUUCUACCCGGCACAUUACCAAAUAUAAUUCUACCCGAAACAUUACCAAAUACAAUUACCACACUCACAUUUGGUGAUGAUUUUAACCAAGUGGUUCCACCGGGAACAUUACCAAAUAAUCUCACAACACUCACAUUCGGUUAUUAUUUUGACCAAGCAGUUCAACCCGGCACAUUACCAAAUAGUCUUACAACACUCACAUUCGGUCAUUAUUUUAACCAAGUAGUUCAACCCGGCACAUUACCAAAUAAUCUCACAACACUCACAUUCGGUUAUGAUUUUAACCAAGUAGUUCAACCCGGCACAUUACCAAAUAGUCUUACAACACUCACAUUCGGUGGUGAUUUUAACCAAGUAGUUCUACCCGGCGCAUUAUCAAAUAGUCUCACAACACUCAAAUUCGGUCGUUAUUUUAACCAAGUAGUUCUACCCAACACAUUACCAAAUAGUCUCACAACACUCACAUUCGGUCAUAAUUUUAACCAAGUAAUUCUACCUGGCACAUUACCAAAUAAUCUUACAACACUCACAUUUGGUUAUCGUUUUAACCAAGUAAUUCUACCUGGCAUAUUACCAAAUAAUCUUACAACACUCACA